AUCCCCGCAACCUCCGCCGCUAGCUCCUCUUUCCACUCUACGUCUCUACCUACGUCCCUACCACUACUUACCUACCUACUCCAUCUUUCGCUCCUCCACCAGACUUCCUCACCUCACCUCUUCCAUACUCACUCCUUCAAAUCAAUCUGCCUCGUCUCCUCGCUCCCUUCUGCACCCGACCCCUUCAUUUCGGCCGUUCCCUUCGCGCGACGUCAGAUAACCCAUCCCACCAGCCCGACCUCUCCGAUCGUCUUAACCGCCGCCUUUGCCACGCCACCACCGUCCUCACAAAAUCACUGCUACAGCCUCACUUGGUCUGUCCCUCCGUCUUCUUCACCGCUAUAUUUCGGGCGUGGAAGUAAUAGGAUAUCUGCCAUGAUUGCUGGACGAGGAAGGCAGCGGAUACGCCCCCCACGACGAGGACUUCAUGGCGACGAGCUCAAUUUCGAAAGCACGUGGAAAAUCAUUGAAGAUGCGUUCGGCGAGAUUCACACCAAGAAUGCCUCUCAACUGUCCUACGAGGAGCUCUAUCGACAUGCCUAUCGCAUAGUGCUCAAGAAACGUGGCGAGGAACUGUACCGCCACGUUCACGAAUUCGAGCGCAAUUGGCUGAGCACCGAAGUCCGCAUUUCUAUCCAGCAAUUACUGUCUCCAAACCUGCUGGCAAACAUGCAGCACAUCGGAGGCACCACAACUAAUGAACGUCGUGUUUCGGGAGAGAAGUUCCUGAAAGGUCUGAAGCAGGCAUGGGGCGACCACCAAGUGUGCAUGAGCAUGCUGGCAGAUGUACUUAUGUACAUGGAUCGCGUAUAUUGCCAGGAUCACCGACGUCCGUCAAUAUAUGCUGCGACUAUGAUACUGUUCCGCAACGAGAUCCUGAAUUCGACCGUAUCCCACACCGAUCAACGACUCGUACUCGGUCUGCUCAAUCACGUUAUACUCGAGCAGAUUCAAAUGGAGCGCCAUGGCGAUGUGGUAGACAAGCAUCUGAUCAAGUCGUGUGUGCAUAUGCUCGAUGGUCUCCAUGCAGACGACAUGGAGUCGGACGAUCAGCGUCUGUACAACGUGUCGUUUGAGCAGGAAUAUUUGAAGACGAGUAGAGACUUCUACCAAGCCGAAGCCGAGAUGCUGCUCCGCGAAUCAGAUGCUGGCGCGUAUUGUAGGCACGCUCGCAGGCGUAUCCACGAAGAAGCCGACCGGUGCCGGUCAACUCUCCUAGAAUCUACAAUGCCUAGGAUACAAAAAGUGGUAGAAACGGAGCUGAUUCAGAACCGCAUCCAUGAACUAGUCGGUAUGGAUAGUGGGGUUCGUUUCAUGAUUGACAAUGAUCGACUAGACGAGCUCAACUUGGUGUAUGAAUUGAACGCUCGCGUUGAUGACCAAAAGGCGGAGGUGACUCGUGCCAUACAAAAACGUCUCGUGGAAAUGGGCACGGAGCUAAACAACGACGCUAUUGCAGCUUCACAAGUCUCAGCUCCGACCUCCGCACCCACGGCAGAAGGUGGAGAGAAAACAAGGGCGCCGCCGCAGGAAAAGGGCCAAACUCAACAAACGGCUGCUGCCAUCAAGUGGGUGGAGGACGUGCUUGUGCUCAAGGACAAGUUCGAUCGUAUUUGGAAACAGUCAUUUCUCUCAGACAAUCUUUUGCAGACGGCCAUCACCAGGAGCUUUGCAGAUUUCAUCAACUCGCCAAACUUUCCCCGGUCUUCUGAGUACAUUUCCCUUUUCAUCGAUGAGAACAUGAAGAAGGGUAUUAAGGGCAAGUCGGAGAUGGAAAUCGACAUGGUCUUGGAAAAAGCCAUCAUUCUGCUUCGCUAUGUCCAGGACAAGGAUCUUUUCGAGCGCUACUAUAAGAAGCAUCUCUGCCGACGACUUUUGAUGAACAAGUCCAUUUCCAACGAGGUGGAAAAACAAAUGAUUUCAAAGAUGAAGAUUGAACUCGGAAACAACUUCACGAUGAAGCUCGAAGCCAUGUUCAAAGACAUGACGAUUUCAGAAGAACUCACGGUAGGUUUCAAACGACACAUAGAGGGUCUUGGUGACCGUGAUCCAAAACGUAUCGAGCUUUCCAUCAACGUUCUCACGAGCAUGACCUGGCCCAUGGAAACGAUCGGCACUGGAAACGAAGACGAACAGAGUAAACGACCGAAAUGCAAUUUCCCUCUUGCCGUGGAGAACAUCAAGCAGAGCUUCGAAAAAUACUACAGCGAGAAGCACUCUGGGCGCCAACUCACCUGGCUCCCUAACAUGGGCACGGCGGAUAUCAAAGCGGUAUUCCCAAAGGUCCAGCAAAAAGACGGCUCUUUCAAAGAACGCCGGCACGAGCUCAAUGUCUCGACUUACGGGAUGGUGAUAUUGCUGUUGUUCAACGAUCUGGCCGCCGAGCAACAUCUUACCUUUGAAGAAAUCCAAGCGAACACCAACAUUCCCCACCACGACCUAGUGCGGAAUCUUCAAUCUCUCGCGGUUGCGCCCAAGACUCGUAUCUUGGUCAAGGAGCCGAUGAGCAAAGACGUGAAGGCCACGGACAAGUUCUACUUCAACGAAGGCUUCAAGGGCAACUUUGUGAAGAUCAAGGUGGGCGUGGUGAGCAGCGGCAACAAGGUGGAAUCGGAUCGGGAGCGGCGGGAAACGGAGAAGAAGAACGACGACUCGCGCAACUUCUGCAUCGAGGCGGCGGUAGUGCGGAUUAUGAAGCAACGAAAAGAACUGGCGCAUCAGAAACUCAUCAGCGAGACCAUCAGCCAGCUCACGGCGCAGUUCAAGCCCGAAGUCAACAUGAUCAAGAAGCGCAUCGAGUCGUUGAUUGAGCGCGAGUACCUCGAACGGAUAGAUGGCGCAACGGUUGAUUCAUAUCGGUACUUGGCAUAG